GAAAGGAAAAGGUGCUCGGAGAUCCUCAGAUCUCCAAACAAACAGGCUUGUCCUCACUCCUCAGUGUGUGUGACGGCCGCACUCGGCUUCGCGUCCCGCACCAGCGCAAGCAACGGCGGGCACGAUGGAGGCGCUGCCGGAAGGCGACGACCUGCUGUCGGAGAUCCUCGUGCGGCUGCCCCCGCAGCCGUCCUCCCUCCCGCGCGCCUCCGCCGUCUGCAGCCGCUGGCGCAGCCUCCUCACCGACCCGGCCUUCCGCCGCCGCUUCCGCGUCCACCACCGCCGCUGCAGCGCCCCCCUCCUCGGCUUCUUCGUCGUGCACCGCGGAGUCGCCUUCCAUCCGGCCCUCGACGCCCCCGACCGCCUCCCCCUCGGGCGAUUCCGCCUGAGGCUCGACGACGGCUACAUCGCCCUCGGAUGGCGCCACGGGCUCGGCCUCUUCCUCCUCCCGGCCCAGCUCCAGGUGCUCGUCUGGGACCCCGUCGCCGGGCACCAGCACCGCCUCGCCGUCCCCCCGGACUUGGAGUUCCGCGGGGCGAAGGGUGCUGCUGUCAGCGGGGCCGUGCUUCCCGCCGCCGGAGACGUCGACCACUUCCGGGUCGUCCUGGUCGGCAGCGACGGGAAGCAGCCAAGAACCGCUCUCGCCUGCGUCUACUCCUCGGACACCGGCGUGUGGGGUGAUUGCGUCGUCUCGGCGCAGAUUCCAUCCGAGGGUUUGUUUGUUUUCAGGAGCCAGCCCGCCGUGCUAGCAGGGGACUGCCUUCACUGGUCCGUCACCGUCGAUGGAUCGCGAAGUAUCCUCGAGUUCGAUUUGGGCGCGCAGAGCCUGCAUCUGAGGCUGCUGCCAGGGGAUUACUACACCCCGCUCAGUCCAGUCGCGUUCAUGGUUAUGCGAGCAGAGGGUGGUGGGGAGGGCUUCCUCUUCCUAUACCGAUUCACCGCCGAGUUGUGGAGUACGAAGCGCAAUCGCGACGGUGUUGAGAUAUGGGCGCCGACAAGAGAUAUUCAGCUGGACGAGUUACUUGGACUGCAUUCAGAGAUAGAGCCCCCGGAGAUGAUAGGGUAUGCGGAGGAAAACAAUGUGGCCUUCUUCAGGACAGCUGAGGCUGACUACAUGGUCCAUCUUGACACAUUGCAGUUCAAGAAACUCCCCAAGACAAGCCUCGGUUCUUACUAUCAUCCAUUAGAAGCUUUCUAUACUCCAGGCAUUAGUGGUGGAAACGAACGAGUUGAAGUUGUAAAGCAGUCAUGGUGGACACAAUUGGCACGAUACACAAAACAAUUGCUCGGUUAGAUAUGCUAUUGUGAUGUAUUGGUUGAGCAGGGCAUAGAUGUCCCCAUAGACCAGCCGUCCGCGGGAGUACUUGCUAUUAGUUUGUUGGAGGGGGAGAGUGAAAGCCUUAGUUUUAUUUGUACGGUCAGCGUCAUCAGGCUUGGAGUGUAACCACUUUGUACAGGGCUUGUGAAGACUCAUUUGUAGGUGUUCUCGCCAUGCGGCUUGGUUGUGUUACUGCGUAUGUAUAAUAUGGCUUCAAGACAUAUUGGUGUGCUUAUGAAAGUGAUUGAUGUAAUAUUGCAGAAACAUGUGUGUUCUUAUGGCACUGCUCAUAAGGUUUUCCAUAUGUAUUUAAGUUUUUUCUUUUGGUAUUUAUGCAUGUGAUGUAAGGUUUGGUUGAACUACAAGUGUGUGCGUAAAUAUCUGGUGAUUAGCAGUAAACAAGGAGCAAGUUGCUUUACAUGUUGCCAAAGAUCAAGAGCGGAAGCGAUGCUGCUGGAAAAAAAAGGAAAUGCAAAUGUUGAAGACGUAAGGAUUGUUCUGCUUAAAAGCAUCUUCAACAGUCUGUAUGUUUAAUCAUUGGUGUAAGUGUCCAUGUGACUAUAUUAGCAGCCAACAACACAAAUAUAAGCUCUUCAAUGGAGUGUAUGUUAAGCGUAUGUAAAAUAACUAAGCGGGUCCACUAGAUGUUGAAGAAAUGACCAUGUUUGGCUUGGA